AACGAACGAACAAAUGGUUGGCGGCUGAUUUUGCUUUUAGUUAGUUAGUUGGUAUGUUGAGGCGAAAACCAGUUUUACUCAAUGGCUUUGGCUGCACCAACUCCCUAUCUUGGCAAACGAAACGGGAAUGAAGGAGCACGAGAUGGAGGAAAAGACGGGUGACAAGUUGAGAACCUCCACAUUCAGACCAUGAGCCGAGUUUGCCGGCCAACAACACAACAUAACACACACACACACUUGCAGACACAGACACCGCUCACUCGUAGGGACCUGAUGAAGAUGCGAUAAGUGAAAUACCAAACAGUUUAUGCGGAUAUUGCAAAACGAACGGUACGUUUGAGCGGAAAACUAAAUUUCGGUUAACAAAAAUUUUAAAAUCCACAAUAGUCAGAGAGUUUCUGGCCAAAAUGUUCGAUAUUUUGAAAUGAUGAAAUGAAAAUAAUUAAUAUAUGAUCGCAAUGCAAAUAGUCAAUGAAAAGAAAAUUUUAAAAAGCCUAUAAAAAUGUUGUUUUCAUGGUAGAGCAUAACUUGUGCGAAAUAAAUAAAAAGAGAAAAAUAAUUUCUUACAUAAAUGUAAAUGUUUACAAAAUAGUGAAAAAUAGUUGAAAAAUAAUAUUCAAUACAGUUGAAACUUUUGAAAAGCAUAAUAAAUAUUUAUUUUAUUUCAAGGAUUUUUCGUAUAUUGGGGUUGAGCACACAGGCAAACAAUAAGGCCUGCAAUACACCUGUAACAAGGAUAUGAAUUAAUGGAAUGUGCUCUCACAAUUGUCAUUUACUCUCUUUCCACAUCGCUCUCUUGCCGAGUAAAUUGUGGAGAAAUAACGUUUGAGGACCAAGGAAAACGACUUUAGCCAACGAUUGUGUGUGGUGGUCGUGCUCGCGAGCACAUGAAUUCGAAUGUUUUGACAAAGUUUAUUUAACGGUUAACUUCGGCAAUAACGGUAGUCAGUUCGUAGCGGUUAGUGAUAGAGAACGCACCACAGAUGCUUAACGUUCUUUUGUUUGACGACGAGUGAGAAAAAUUCUAAUAAGAGAAAACAAAAUUCUUAAACAAGAAACAGAAAUUACGGGAAUACAGCUUUAAUGCAAGCAAAAUAGAAACGAAAAAAUAAGAAAAUAUUCAAAAUAAAAUUUAAUUUGGAAUUUCAAUGAAAAAGUGUUGACAAAAAGGAAAUUGAAAAUAAAAUAAAAAAAAACAAAAUUCUCAGCAACCAUGACAUAAAGCUCAAAUAACUCAAGUGGAAGAAAAAUGCUAUAAUAAAAAUAAAAAAUUAAGUGCAAAAUUCCAAUAAAAAAUAUAUAAUCCUUUUGCUCAAUUUGUAUUAAAAUCUCACAUAAAUCUAUGUUGAGGCCUGAGGAAGCAAUUAUCAACAUUAAUAAAUAAAUAUAAUAACAAAAAAAUCUCCCCUUAAAAGAUAAAAAUCUGCAAGCAAAAAAAGUGUUACAAAAAUGUGCUCAAUAACAAAAUAUCUCAAUAAAUCACCGCCUUCGGGGCUUAACCUAUCGAUGUUGUUGUUAACACAUAUCCUAGUGCUGCUCUUACAUUUUGUGGAUUAUGGCCAUGCUGAUUAUGAAAAUACCUGGAAUUUGUAUUAUGAACAGCCCUGUUGUAUGGGUUCCCAGCAUAGUAGCGGACAUCAUUUGAAACAUCACAAAGAUCAUGUCAAGGAUUUUAGCUGUGGGCCGUUGUUUUACAAAACCUUUUACUUUGAUGAAAGGCACAAUGCCCUCUAUGUGGGAGCAAUGGAUCGUAUAUUUCGCUUAAAUCUACAUAAUAUAAGCCAAUCAAUAUGUGAGCGUGAUGUCCUUAUAUUGGAACCCUCGGGUUCAGACAUACUUAGCUGUGUGUCCAAGGGGAAACAAGAGAAGGUGGAAUGCCGUAAUCACAUACGCGUUAUACAACCCAUGGACUCGGGGACACGUCUAUAUGUUUGCGGCACAAACGCCCACAAUCCCAAAGACUACGUGAUAAAUGCAAACUUAACACAUUUACCCAGAUCCGAGUACGUGCCCGGCAUUGGCUUAGGCAUUGGCAAAUGUCCUUACGAUCCGGCUGAUAAUUCGACAGCAGUUUAUGUGGAGAAGGGUAAUCCGUUCGGUUUACCAGCAUUGUAUUCCGGUACCAAUGCUGAGUUUACCAAAGCCGAUUCAGUUAUUUUUCGUUCUGACCUAUACAACAUGACCUCCGGCCACAAGGCGCAUAACUUCAAAAGGACAGUUAAAUAUGACUCCAAAUGGCUGGACAAACCCAACUUUGUUGGCUCCUUUGAUAUUGGCGAAUACGUGUACUUUUUCUUCCGCGAACACGCUGUCGAAUACAUCAAUUGUGGCAAGGCGAUUUAUUCACGUAUCGCCCGUGUCUGUAAGAAUGAUCGCGGCGGCAAAUAUAUGACCGGCCAGAAUUGGGCCACAUAUCUGAAGGCGCGCAUCAAUUGCAGUAUAUCCAGUGAAUUUCCAUUCUAUUUCAAUGAAAUCCAAUCGGUGUACAAAAUGCCACAUGACGAUACGAAAUUUUAUGCAACAUUUACAACAAACACCCAUGGCAUUGUCGGUUCGGCGGUGUGCAGUUACGAUAUACGCGACAUAAAUGCGGCAUUUGAUGGUAAAUUCAAAGAACAAGCCACCUCCAACUCCGCCUGGCUGCCUGUCUUGAAUUCCAAAGUACCCGAACCACGUCCAGGCACAUGUGUUGAAGAUACCACAGCCCUGCCCGAUUUAGUGCUCAAUUUCAUACGUAAACAUCCAUUAAUGGACAAGGCCAUCGAUCAUGAAUUUGGCAAUCCGGUGUUUUAUAAACGUGAUAUUAUCUUGACCAAAUUGGUUGUGGACAAAAUUCGCAUCGAUAAAUUAAAUCAAGAAUAUUUAGUGUACUUCAUUGGCACAGCCACUGGCAGCAUAUAUAAAAUUGUACAAUUUAUACGCUAUGGUCAUCGACAUUCCAAUCUGUUGGAUAUCUUUGAGGUGGCACACAAUGAACCGAUUCGGGAAAUGGGUAUAAGCCAGAAAACAGGAUCCCUGUAUCUGUCGACGGAUUAUGCGGUUAAACAAAUCGAUUUGGCAAUGUGUGCCCGACGUUAUGACUCCUGUUUCCGUUGUGUGGCAGAUCCCUAUUGCGGCUGGGACAAGGAUGCUGGAACAUGUAAGCCAUAUCAACUGGGUUUGUUGCAGGAUGUUGCCAACGAAACUUCCGGCAUUUGCGAUACAAGCGUCCUCAAGAAACGUAUCACAGCCUCAUAUGGCCAAACGCUGCAUCUAUCGUGUUUUGUCAAAGUACCCGAAGUCCUAAAACAAAAAACCGUACGAUGGUAUCAUCAUUCAACGGAAAAAGGACGCUAUGAAAUUGCCUUUACCCCCUCCAAAUAUAUUGAAACGUCCGAGGGUGGUCUGGUGAUUAUUUCAAUUAACGAAGGCGAUGGUGGACGAUAUGACAGUUAUUUAGGCGGUACACUGCUGUGCAGUUACAGCGUCAAUGUUGAUGCCCACAGAUGUACACCGCCAUCGAAGAAAAACGAUUAUCAGAAAAUUUACUCACAUUGGUGUAAUGAAUUUGAAAAAUAUAAAUCAGCCAUGAAACAGUGGCAGGCCAAACAAGAGCAAUGCAAUAUGAAAGAUAAAUCGUCCGGAAAGCAUAUAAAUGAAGUCUAUAGUAAUGACAAUGUAGUCUGACCUAAUGAUCAUCAAACUACUUACUAAAGACUGACAUUUUUAAGCUUUUAAACGACAAUAUUUCCCAACACACAUCAGUUUUUUUAUGUUUCCUUUUACAAAUUUUAUUCAAAAUAUGACUUAAGUUAAUUUCAAAACAAAGCAAGAUAAAAUUAAAAAAAUAUUAAAAAAACGAAAAAAAAAAUACAAAAAAUCGAGGCGAAACAAAAGUAUCAGCAUCAGCUUAUGGAAACCCAGAACACAAAAAGAAGACGAAUCGAUUAAAAGGAUUUUAAACGAAACACAAAACUUUAAAAAAAAGCGACAACUCACACAACAAAUCUAAAGAUACAGGAUUUAAAUUUAAGUUGAUUUUAUUUCGAAAUGGAAAACGGAAAUAAAAAUUCACUUACACAGCCACACACACUCACUCACAUGCAAGUGAACAUGCCGACAAGAUAGAUAUGUAUGAAUGGACAUUUUAACACGCCCACAAAUAAAACUGCAAACAACAAAUUACAACAAGCGAAAACGACAACAAGAAGGUAAACAAAAAGUUACUAUAUAGAAUGACAAAAAAACAAUCCUGCCACAAAAACCUCCGAAACUCCGGCACCAUCAAGUCAGGCUGCUUGGGGGGGAGGAGGGAGAAAAUGAAAAACAAAACAAAAAAAUCACAAAUACCCGCAAAAACUCACUCGCUCACAAUGAGAAUGAAGGAAACAAGCCAACCAGCCAGCCAGCCAGCAUGCAGUAUGAAAUAUGAAAUAUUGAAAUGGUUUUUAAAAUAGUUUUUAAAUACAAUAACAAAAAACAAAAGAAAGCAACACUACAAACAAGAACAACAGCAACAAUAACGAAAAGUAACGGUUUUAAAUGAAUAACAAAAGAGAACAUACAUAUAACAAGAACAACAACAAAAACAGCCAUAACAACAACAACAAAACGUAUAGAACAAAAGGUGUACAAUUUUACAUGUUUUAUUUUUUAUUUUUGUUGUUCUCAGUUUGGAUUCAGUUGGCAAUGAAAUGCAAACAACAGCAAAAAAAAUUGUAUAUUUAAAUAGGAAAAGAACAAUGAAACAUCCCUUUUUUUCUUCUUUAAAAAAAUAUAUAAAAACAAAACAAAGGAAGAACAGAAAAUACAAUAUUACAAUUCACUCAAAACCACCAAUCAUAUAUAGUUACGAUAACUAAUAAAAUCUUGUUUUAUUUUAUAUCAUUUUUU